AUGAGGGUUGAUACGCCGAGUGGUGAGGCGGCUGUCGGGUCGGACGCACCGCGAGAAAAGGGCAAGGCGUCUCCCGAAACUCUGAGGACGGGCUGCAUUGCCUGGGUGGAGAAGGAAGGCCAACCGCGGCGAGCCGAGAUCCUCAGUAUCAAAGAAACGAAGAGUGGCAAGCAUUUCUAUUGCAACUUCGACAACUUUAACAAGCGACUGGAUGAGUGGGUUCCUGUGGCCAGAAUCGACUUCAGCCAGGAUGUAGAAUGGCCGAAUCCAGAAAAGGGCAACCUGAACGAUUCAAAAUCCAAGAAAGCGCCGUCAGUACAAACGAAAAAGGCCCCAGUUUCGACGAAGGCACAAAAACGCCCCGGAAAGAGGGAGCAGUCGGUUCACUCUGAGGCCACAACUCCUCAUCCUUGGACAGAAUUCGUGGAGUCUCAAACCCGAAAAUCAUCGUCGAUUGGACCCGAUGGCGAUCCCCAGACAUUCACCAGCGUCGGGGCUAGUGCUACGCCGGCCGCCACCGACGAGCUGGACGCGGACGAGGAGGAAGGAAUUAUGAAGAAAGCGGGUUCAGUCGCGAAGAGGAAAUCGAGAAGUUGA